AUGGUAAACAAUUUCUGGAAUCAAUGGAUCACCAACUUCACUCUUGGCGUUGACACCUUUUUGGUGCUGGGCGGAACAGUGCUCUCAUACUCGUGGUUCCGAAAAUGGCUGAAAAACACUACUGACAUCCGAGUGGUCCGACUAUGGCCAGCCUACUUGUACACACUGGUGGCGGUGACUUUGCGGCUAUCGGUAACCCAUUUCCAUCCGAUGUGGCCACCAACAGAUCCAGCCAUUCAGUGCCCCAAGUAUUGGUACGAAAACGUAUUUUUCAUAAACAGUCUCUUCAAUAACAGAUGUCUACCGUGGACAUGGUACUAUCGGUACGAAUUACCUCUAUUAUCUUUGUUAUCUGCCUACUACUUCCUCCUUGCACUGCGGCAAACACCUAAACUGGGAAUGGUAAGUAUUUCUGCACAUUCCUAUGAAUGUUUGGCAUUUCUGAUUCAUUCUAGUCAAAGAUGUGGUUGA